AUGACGGCAAAAUCUAGAUUAUAUUCAUAUACAUCAAGUUUUGAUCCACCAAAACAAAGAAACUUGCAAAGUGAAAUUGUACAAAGAAAUAUUAGAAAUGGUUUAAAUGGUGAUAGAAGUCUAAUGAGAUCAAAAAGUUUUAAUAAAUUAAAAAAUAGGGAUAUAGAAUGGCACUUUCAAAUGAAACAUUACAUUGAACAUAGGAUGAAAGUUUUAAAUGCAAAGCCCACCAUCAAUACAAAACCGAAAAUUAGAAGCGCCUCUGUUAGUGGAAAUUCAUCAAAAGCUUCAUCCAAAUUAUCAACAAGGCCACCAACUGGUGAUAGUAAUGAAAGUAAAUAUAAUUAUAAUAUUAAUUAUAAAAAGAAACAUAAAGAAAUAACAGAAAUGGCACAAAAUGAAAUGCGAGAGUCAAUGUUAAGAUGUUUAUCUAAAAUGAAUUUAAACAAUAAAAAUAAAUAA